ACAGUUUGCAGUUUACGUAGCGCACAUUCGCUCGCCACCCUGUCGCGUUCGCUCAGUUUUCCCCGGACGAGAAAAGUUCGCUUUCCAUAACGUUGGUUAUUUGUUCCUUUGACGAUAUUCAUUGGACUACUGAACAGUCAAAUUGGCUGUCCAUUGCCGGCAAUGGAGACGUUGAAUUAUGGAAAAGCCAUUCUGCGUGAAAUGAUGUCGCGCGUUAUACCUAGAAACCUAUUUGUUGGGAAUCGACUAGCAAACAUGUCCAUCUCAGACUUCAGGAAGAAGAAACUUCUCUAUGUGUUCCAUGUGUUUUUCGAUGUGAACCAAAGCGGCACCAUCGACAGGAAAGACUUCGAGCUGGCUAUUGAGAAAAUUUGCUCCUUGCGAGGAUGGCAACAGGGAAGUCCCCAGUAUCAAAAGACAUUCGACAGCAUGAUCCUGAUUUGGGAAGGGUUGAGAUCCAGGGCUGAUUUCAAUCAAGACGGUCAAGUGAGUGUCGAAGAAUGGGCCUCAAUGUGGGACGAUUACUCAAAAAAUCCCGAAAACGCUUUGGAAUGGCAGAACAACUACAUGCGUUUCAUGUUCGAUCUGGAAGAUGCUAGUGGAGACGGUUCGAUUGAUAUCGAAGAAUUCACCAGCGUUUGUUCCUGCUACGGCCUGCAGGCCCAGGAAUGUCGCGAAGCGUUCCAGAAAAUGGCAGGCGGCCAGAAAGAGGUGAAUUUUGAGCAAUUCAAGUCGCUGUGGAAGCAGUUCUUCGUGUCGGAAAAUCCAUCCGAACCCGGCAAUUUCAUUUUUGGAAAAACCAAAUUCUAGACUCCAACUACCUACCACCCGAUUUGUUACCAUUAUAUUAAGCUACAUAUCUCUAUUUAAAACCAAGGCCUUGUUUCCUUAUCCAAAAUUGCCCGCAAAACGGUAAAGGGACCAGAUUGGGCCAAUUUUCCUGUACAAACUAUGAUUAUCACUGUACAAUUGCAUUAAUCAAUGCGUGCGUAGACCUUUCGUAGGUUUGUACAAACUAUUAUGUGCUUACAGUUCGUGUUAAAUGGCUCUGUUAACUUUGUCACUUCAAAAACAAAACCGUGUAAAACUGUGCGUAGUUUACAUAAAAUAUCUUAAAACAUUAAUAUUAUAUGUAUACUUACUUAACUUUAGUAAACUAGGAUUUACUCCAGAUUUUUGGCUGGUUAAAGGAUGUUUCAUUAUUGUUAUGUAAAUGUAUGUGUUUUCCUAGAUUAUAUUUCCUUAUUAUUAUCCCUUAAAGAAUUUUUGUAAAAUUAAUUCAAAUAAAUGUAUUAAUUUCCA